AGCAUAAACUGCAUUGAUGCUUGUGUGAUUAUAAUAUAUUAAACCAAAGAUGAAGUGUUUACUAAUCAAUCUUAUAGUUUUUGUAACUUUAGUUAAUUCAAAUAUCAGUAAACGUUUGUCUCUUCCACAAUUACCAUUUGGUAUGUACCGAUUAAAUUUCUUAGGAGUAAUGCGUUGUGAUUCUUUUCCGACAAAUAAUAAAUUAAAAUAUGAAUUGUACCUAAGUAAAAAGUCGGCCAACACCACAGAAAUCAAAGGAAUCGUAACCAAUUUGAUACCAUUAGAUGAUUCUAUUGAUUUGGAAUUCAAUUUGGCGGUAAAAGACUCUAUUGGUGGUUGGAAGGAUAACGCUUUUCUCUAUAAGACACCUAAAGCUUGUUCCUCACUCAAAAAGUUCUUGGGGCCUGCUUGGACUCCAAUAAUGGAUUCGGCAGGUCUCUACAAUGCGACUUGCCCUUUGCCCGCGGGUGUAUAUAAAGUAUCCGGCAUAGAUACUGGUAUUUUCAUGACUUCCGGUUUUCCCAAAUCAUUUUUUUAUGGAACAUACAGAUUUCGUUUAUUUUAUUCAAAAAAGAACGAAGUUUACGGUUGUUUUAUCAUAAUUAUAGAGAUAAAGCGGCCUUGGGAAACUGAAUAAGUAUUUAAUUACAAUACUACACUAAUAACAUUAUUUAUUAUUAUUCAUG